CCAACAGGACUCGAAUGCUUCAGCAACGUAUGUCGAUCGCCAGCCAAUGUGGACGGUGAUUUUUUUCAAGACGACCAAUCAGCGGCGGUUACGUCUUACGAUAGCGAGUGAGUCGAACGGCCCGCCCUGACGUCGUCCAUUGAAGAAGAAGAGGGACGGUCUCAGCCUACCAUCCACAGAAGAAAUUCAAUCAUGACGACCAAACUUUGCAAGCUAUUUGUCGGCGGACUGAACGUGGAGACCACAGAAGAUGGCCUCCGCAAGUAUUUCGAGCAGUACGGGUCGCUCAGUGACUGCGUUGUGGUCAUGAACCAGCAACUCGGACGGUCCCGCUGUUUCGGCUUUAUCACCUACUCGACACCGGAGGAGGCCGACGCAGCAAUGGCGGCUAAGCCACAUGUCGUCGAAGGCAACAACGUGGAACUGAAAAGGGCUAUAGCUCGAGAAGACGCCAACAACCCGGACAUCCUCGCCAAUGUCAAGAAAAUUUUCGUCGGCGGCGUGAAAGACCACAUUGAGCCGGACAACCUGACCGAGUAUUUCUCCCAGUUCGGCGUGGUGGAGAAGGCCGAGAUCAUCUCUGACAAGCAGACCGGCAGGAAGAGAGGCUUCGGCUUUGUCUUCUUCGAGGACACAGACUCCGCCACCAAAGCCGUGCUGACCAAAUACCAUACCAUCAACGGGAACAAGGUGGAGGUGAAGAAAGCUCUGACCAAGCAGGAGAUGUCCACCGGCGGCCGGGGAGGAAGGGGUCGAGGGAGAGGGAUGCAGAACUAUGGCGGCGGAAGAGGAGGUGGCGGCUACGGAGGAGGCUACGGCGGCAAUUACGGAGGAGGCUACGGUUAUGGCGGGGGUUACAACGGUGGUGGAGGCUACGGGGGUUACGGGGGCUACGAAGAAUACGACAACCAGAUGGGGGCUGGGUACAGUAAUGGUGACUUUGGGGACGGCUACGGACAGCAGCACUCCAAUUAUGGUGCAGUGAAGGGGGGCAACUAUUCCUACAGGAGCGGGGCUCCUUACAACAGAGGCGGCGGCGGCGGUGGCUACGGCAGGGGUGGUGGAUUUGGCGGUGGCUAUUAGUGGCUCCCUCCAGUUUUGAGAUGUUCAUGGGGAAAAUCUGAUAACAACGAACUUGAAAUUACACACACGCACACGCACACACACAUGCACACACAUACACAUUACUCAAGCCCAGGUGGGGGUGAGGGGUCUUUGUUGAAUUCAGUUAAAGGAAGCAGUGCCCAUCACCCACAAGGAAUGAAUGAGACUGUCCUCUGGAUCAUGCCCGCCCCCACCCGGGACCCCAUCUGUCCUCUUAUUCCACAGAUUAUGGACUUUACUACUAAGAAUUGUGAAUUAUUGAAUUGUAAUUUUGUUAUGUUUCGGGAAAGACUUGUUUUGAACCAUUUGUAAAGCCGUAAUCGAUGUCAGUCACUGCUUCUCAACUCAGAAUUGAGUUUGUUUGUCUUGCAAACCAGCCAGAUGUGUCUGUUAUUUUUGCAUCAUGAACUCAGGGUUUUAAGUGAAGUUGUUGGCAGUGUCGGGCAGCAUGGGACUCGAUUGCUUGAGUUUCUUGAUCUUAAACACUCGUGACAAAGUAUUUUUGGAGAAAUGUCACGUACUGUUUGUUAACUGUACAUUGCUUUUUUUUUUUCUUUUUUUUUCCACCUCUCCCGUCCCAUUACAGGCUUUUGUUUAGAUUAAAAAUGUUUGAAAUUCAUGUGUUCAGUUCGCCCCUAUGUUGUAUCCUGCUUUUAUUAAAGUUUUUAAUGUUUUGAAAAUCUA